GAGGAGGAGGAGGAGAGAGGCACAGCACAGCAAGCAAAGCCAAGCCAGCGACAAGUCGGGGAGGGAUUACCCGUUAACUGCGCUGAUUUGCAUGUGAUGUGGCGGCCGUCAGCGGCGUCCUCUCCGGCUCGGCGCUGCUGUCCUGCCCGGCCCGGCUCGGCUCUGUCAGGCCCCGGGGAACAACUUAGUUAAAGCGCCCUGACGUUAGCCAGCCAGCCAGCUAACUCCUGCUGCUGCUGCUGCUGGGGGGACCUCUAACUACUUGUCAGCGGCGGAUCGAUCCCGGGACUGUUUGCUUGCUUGUUUGUUUGUUUGUUUGUUUGUUGUUGCUGUGAACACCUCGCGAAGCGGCACUACCGGGAGAGCAGCGGAGCUAUGAUUGCCACGUGACAGAAGAUGAGACGCUGAGCCAGCUUCGACAGGAACCAUGGACGGGCUUCAGCAAGCUGCCACGGAGCAGCCCGACAGGGUGAAUGGCUUCUCUGGGCCCAAAUCCCCUCAGGAGGACACAGCCGACGCGGGGUGGACGCCCCCGGGGGGCGAGUCCGGAGGCUCGGACAGCUGCGGAGGGACGAGCGUUUCGGAGUCCACGGACCUGCAUGAGUUAAAGUCCAGGGAAAGUGAGGAUGAGGAGGAGAGGGAGGUGGCAGCGCCUGCCUCCACCGACCUGAAAGGGGACCAGAAGAAGAGACAGAAAGAGGACGACGAUCAGGAGGACAAUCAGAGCAAGCAGGUCAGCAGCGCAUCGUCCAGCUACACCGACCUGUCCCACACCUCGUCGCCCUCGCUGUCGGAGCAGCUGCGCCUCGGCCGGGAAGACAACGCCGCCGCCGGGAUCAGCGUGGAGUGUAAGGUCUGCGGCGACAAGGCCUCCGGCUUCCACUACGGCGUGCACGCCUGUGAAGGUUGCAAGGGCUUUUUCCGGCGGACCGUCCGGAUGAAGCUGGAGUAUGAGCGCUGCGAGCGUUCCUGCAAGAUUCAGAAGAAGAAUCGAAACAAGUGCCAAUAUUGUCGCUUCCAGAAGUGCCUGUCUUUGGGGAUGUCCCACGAUGCGAUCCGAUACGGACGUAUGCCCGAGGCGGAGAGGAAGAAGCUGGUGGCGGGUCUGCUCGCAGAGGAGCUGAACCUCAGCAAGCCGGGGGGCUCCGACCUGAAGACCCUGGCCAAACAAGUCAACACAGCCUACCUGAAGAACCUCAGUAUGACCAAGAAGAGGGCCCGCAGCAUCCUGACGGGCAAAACCAGCAGCACCUCACCGUUCGUGAUCUACGACGUGGACACGCUCUGGCAGGCGGAGAGCGGUCUGGUGUGGAGCCAGCUGCUGCCCGGCGCCCCCCUGACCAAGGAGAUCGGGGUUCACGUGUUUUACCGCUGCCAGUGCACGACGGUGGAGACAGUCCGGGAACUCACCGAGUUCGCCAAGUGCAUUCCAGGGUUUGUGGACCUCUUCCUUAACGACCAGGUGACUCUGUUGAAGUAUGGCGUCCACGAGGCUAUUUUUGCCAUGUUGCCAUCUCUCAUGAACAAAGACGGACUGUUGGUGGCCAACGGCAAAGGCUUUGUCACGAGGGAGUUCCUGCGCAGCUUGAGGAAGCCCUUCAGCGAGAUCAUGGAGCCAAAGUUUGAGUUUGCUGUAAAGUUCAAUGCUCUGGAGCUGGAUGACAGCGACCUGGCCCUGUUCGUUGCUGCCAUUAUUCUGUGCGGAGAUCGCCCCGGGCUGAUAAACGUGAAGCAGGUGGAGCAGAGCCAGGACAGCAUCCUCCAGGCCCUGGACCUCCACCUCCAAGCAAACCACUCUGACUCUGUCUACCUCUUCCCCAAGCUGCUUCAGAAGAUGGCCGACCUCCGUCAGCUGGUUACAGAGAACGCUCAGCUCGUCCAAAAGAUCAAAAAGACUGAGUCGGAGACCUCGCUCCAUCCUCUACUACAGGAGAUCUACAAAGACAUGUAUUAGCGUUCUCCCACGCAGACUGUUUUUUUUGUUUUUUUGUUUUUUUUUAGCAAUACUGUUACAGACUGAAUUUAUAACAAAACACUGCAUUCAGUUCAAGCACUGUUCCACGAAUGGGCAUGGUUCCUCGAGUGCAGAUGAGGCUGUUUCACCUGGUAGGGCUAACACAAUCAGUUGUCAGCACAGUAGUGUGUGUGCGCGUGCGUAUGAGUGUGUGUGUGUGUGUGUGUGUGUGUGUGCGAGCGUGCGUGCGAUGAGCAUCUGGAAUCAUUUGCCGCGAAUCUCAGUUUCCCACAACGGUCACUUAACAAGAAGAAUGAUAUGUUUUGGCAUCACAGCUGCUCCUGUUUCACUCUCAUAGCAGGGCUAACCCCACACAGAGCGAGCGAGAGAGAGAGAGAGAGUGCCUCCUCCUUCACCUCCGCUCUGUUUUUAAGAAAAGCGCCUCACUCUCAAACAGAAAGGAGACAUCCUUCUAUACCCCCUUUUUCAGGCAACGAGGCUGAAGAUGCACAAAAUCAGUGUUUGUUUACAUCAACACCAACCCCCCCCCUUCCCGUCGCCAUCUCUAUCUUUCGGUUUGAAGAACAAAACUGGGCUGGCUCCAGCAGUGUCGAGCUCUCAUGGUGCGACUGUCUGUGCAAUACCAUUUCUUUUCUGUCAAUAAAACGUGAGCUCCAAGUUCAUUCGCUUUCGUCUUAAAGCCAUCUUACCCGAGCGGUAAACUGUGGGACGUUUCACUUCCGAGGCUGACACUAUAAACAUACAAGGGACAGCAUGCUUGGUUCUCGCCUGUUUCUUGUGCAAAAUAUGAACAUGCCAUCUUUGUUUUAUUUCUUUGUAAUUCUUACUAAUUAUUUGUAUUUGUUGAUCAUAUUUGUAAGGGCAAAACAUGAAUUUAUCAUCUUGUUUCAUGUAUUAAGUAUGUGGUUUUUAUUUUUUUUUCGUAUUAUAUAUUUUAGUUGUACCAAAUAUAUCAUCAAGCGAAAAAAAAAAAAAAGAGAGAAAACUGCUUUUCUUCAUGAGGAGGUUCAUGAAUCAGCAGAAUUGUUGAAAACCAGCAGAUAUAAAAUAUUUUCUGACUGAAAGUCAUCAAGCAUUUGGUAUCUUAUACAUUUUGUAAUCAAGAUUUACAAAGUCCUGGAUCACUUCUCUUGUGUUUGGUCUGAUUUUUCUUCACAAAGUGUAACAGCCUUACUUUAUUGGAGCCAAAUCUCUUUGUUUCCGACUGUUUUUCACCCUCUGUCAUGUACUUUUUUUCUGUUUUUUUGCUGUACCUCCUCUCGGUGGACCUACACAGUCCACCUUCAGAGGUCUCCUCUUGUGCUCUUACUCUGCCUCCAUCCCUAUCUACCUCCACUGUACCAUCCGUGACGUUAUUCCAGUCUAAUCUGCUCCCUGACAUUUAUUUCUCUGCCUUAAUUCCUGCUUUUUGCAACGUUUUCUACUCUGGGCUUAAAGAAUCAAAGGUGUGAUGGAUAAAAAGGAGAAGUUACACCAAAAAAAACAAACAAAAAAAAGUUUUGUAAGCUACCUCUGCAAGUGUAAAAAUGAAAUGAUUUCUUCCUGA